CCUCGAAGUAUGAAGAUCUUCGCCGCCAUCGGUUGCUCCCUGUUCAGCACCAGGUGGCCUGCCGGCAGUGAUGCCGUGCGCUCACGAGCGGCAUCUCUCCCACCGUCUUUCAUCAUGCGACAUCCCUCAUUUCGACCACCUCAUGCAAGCGUGCUGCGUGGAAAGAGGAGAACAAGGGCAAUGGAGAUGUCCAUCUGGCCGGGCGGCAGCGAUGACGACCGCACAUCGCUUGGGAGAGCGGGCGGCCUGGGAAUGGGCGGUUUUGUGAUGGGCGGCAAUGUGACGACGAGCACGGAGGUGGCGACGCUUGAGGAGGCGGUGAUCGGCAUAUGGGAUGUGUUCCAGCCGAGAGAACUCAUGCUCACACCCGCAGAGCUCGAGAAAAGACUGCGAGUAAGCACACGACAACACAAGAGCAUCCACAUGAUCAACGACUGUCCUGUGCAGGAGGAUCCCGACAUGACGACUCCGAUCGGUUUGUCUGACCGUCUGUCACUGAUGGAGGGCGGCACUGCGAGGCUGCCAGCUCGAUCAUGGCAGGGCAACUGGACACUCGGCACCACAUCAGAGGGCGCUGCCAGGUGGGUGACGGUGUUGCCAGAUCGGUGUUCCUUGCAAGCGAGAUCUGUCUAUCUUUUCGUCCGUCUGUCUGUCUGUCUGUCUGUUCGUCUGUCUGUGUGAGUGUGCCAGGCUGACAAUUCAUGUAGGCAAUGUUCGGUUCCCGUCGACGACGUAUGUGUUUCGGGGUCUGCUGGUCGACUCUACGCAUCCCAUGGUGGCGAUGGGUAGCGUGCUGAACCAGGACAAAGGCGUGGUUGUCAUGGGCAGGGCCACUGAAAGGGUCCAUGAUAAGGUAGACAUACAUAGGCACCCGCCAGGAGGUUGUGUAUGUGUAUGUGUAUGUGUAUGUGUGUGGGUCAUUUCAUUGGUUCCAUCAGGUCGACGACGUGACGGACGUUCGGGAGCUGGGUGACUGGUUCAUGACCAAGAAAUACAGCAAAGAGUACGCUCACUCACUUAACAUCGCCAUGCCACAUGUGGUCACUCUACAAUUGUAUUCCCCCAUCCUUGUGUGUCAGUGAGUUCUCUCCAGACCAGCUGUAUCUGCUGGUCAGCCCCACCACAGGCGUCUCUGAGGGUGGCGUCAACCUCGAUGCAGGCGCAGACACAAGCAUCAGGGCACAAGUGAGCCAACAGCAACAGCAACCGCGUCGAAUGAAUCUUCGUCUGCAUGUGGCUGUGUGUCACGUAUCGUAUACAGUUUGAGCGUCUGAAGCAGGAGAAGCCCGAACUGCUCAAGAUCGAUCUGGAGGCCCACAGCCGCGCUCGAGACCGACAAAUGUCACCCGAGGAGGCCGCAGCCAUCGAGGCGAAGGUGGAAGAAAUCACCAAGGAGCUCGACCGAAUGAAUAGCGAGCAACAACCGCAGACGGGCCCUUCAUCUCAGUCUGAGCCCUCCCAAACGGAGCUCGACCAGCUCUUCGCCGAGCUGGCCGACAGCAUGCCGCCCCUCAUUCCGCCCGAGCGGCUGCAGCAGGCCGAGAACAAGGCGUUCGAGGCCAUGCAGCGGUCCCUCCCGUCCCUGCCCGACCUGGCGCGCUUCGUGCAGCCCGAGAUGCUCGAGGAACAAGCCAAAGAGAUGGGCCUGCCUGAUGCAGACCGUUUGGACUACAAGAAGCUCAAGCACUUCAUGUCGCUCCCCGAGAUGGCCAACGUCGAGGCGGCCGUGCUCAACGCCACAGCUGACAUGACGACCAGGAGGCGCCGGCAGCAAUUGCAGGAUGACGCCGAGAGUGACAGCACGCCUGUGGAGCACGUCGGUGUGAGCGAACGUGUGCUGAGGAAUCUGGGUUACGGACUGCGCCCAUCUAGUUCCGAGGGGGAAGGGGGACGACAUGAUGACAUUGAUGAUGGGUUGAGGGAUGGCAUGAGUGUUGAAGAGACGAGCCGGGUGCUGGCGAAGCGGCGGAUGGAAGAGCUGAGGAGGCGGCCAUUCGGAGAACCGUAUGUACCGCCCCCAGACACCGGACAGGCGGACAGAUGAAUGGCUAGACAUUGAUGGACCCAUGUGUAGUCAGACAAAGGGAGCGAAAAGUGCAAAGAUGGUGCCGGACGCACAUCUGAUCUUGCUCUUGGGGCAGCUUGAACGCAGUCAUUC